AUGAGCUGCAACGCUCCUUUGACCGGGAGGUGGACAAGUAUUUCGUGCCGGCGGGGUCCCGGGUUCCCUACUCGGGUUCCCUACUUGGCCUUUGCAGACAACAUGUUGAUCUUCGCCAGAUUUUCGAGUAAAGGUCUUGAUGCACUGGCUAAUAUCUUUGGGUACUACCAGUCUUGCUCCGGUCAGAAGAUUAAUGUAGGGAAGAGUUCAUUCCUUAUCUCGAAAUGGGCAACGGAGGAUCAGUGCGCAAUGGUGUCCUCGAAGUUGGGGUUUCAACGCCAGGGGUUUCCCUUCACCUACUUAGGGGCGCCCCUUAUGCGUGACCGGCCCACUUGUGUGGUGUUUGAUGCAGUGGUCGCAAAAUUGAGAGCAAGAUUGCUGCAUUGGAGUACACGGCUCCUAUCGCCCGGGGAAAAGUUGGUGCUCCUUCGACACGUCCUUACCUCGAUCCCUAUGUAUGUUCUGCAAGUGUUGCAACCUCCGAAGGCUGUUUUCGCUAAGUUGGAGAAAAUUUGUAACGCCUUCUUGUGGGACAAAUCGACUGAAACUAGGGGUAUUUACUGGAUGGCGUGGGAGAAACUCUAUUACCCCGUGGACGAGGGGGUUGGGGCUAAGGUCCUUCGAAAAUAUGAGCUUAGCCUUCCCUUGUGCAGCGGCCUUCUUGGUCAUGGCGACGACUGGAGAAGGCUAGGGGAUGAGCUGAAGAGCAAAUCCUCUGGUGUAUUGGGCAAGGAUUUAUCGACUUUUGGUCACCCCCCCGCAUAUGUUAGUGGCGGAAUUUUUGGCGAAGGCAAUUGGAAGAUUGAUAGGUUGAGAGAGUGGGUCCCUGCUUGGGUGAUUCAUCUGGUCCAAGAUAUCCACAUUUAUCCAGACCAGGAGAAUUGCAUGGUUUGGCUUGGCUCAACGACGAGAGAGUUUUCACUUAAAUCAGCGUGGGCCACAAUACGCCAGCACUGGGAACCGUCUCAGGUGGAUCGCAUGGUUUGGAAUGGCUUGGUCCCGUUGAAAGUUUCGUUCUUUGUCUGGCGUCUAGUACAUAAUCUGAUCCCUCUGGAGGGGCGAUUCAGUAUCCUUCAAUCAACAUUCUCUUUUGUCUCGUCCUUACUGCUUGCAUGGUUUUACUCUAGCUCGGGAGGGACGAUACAACACAUUAGGGUAGUGGUUCCGUUACUUGUGCUCUGGCGCCUGUGGAAAGCUAGAAAUAAUGCUCGGUUUGACAGCUCUAGAUUUGAGGCUACUACAGUGAUAGUAAUGGUAGAACAAGUGAUGGUCUCAUGGAAACGUCCCCCACCACAUACCUUCAAAUUGAAUACGAAUGCCAGUGUGGUCCACGGGAGGGCAACCGGGGGUGGCGUCCUCAGAAAUUCCAGUGGUCGGCUAAUGUUCGCCUUUUACAAGGAAUUUGGUGACAAGGAGGUCCUAGUCGCAGAGAACUUGGCAGUACUUCAUGGUCUUCAGUUAUGCAGGGACCGGCAAAUCCAGUCGCUCCUAGUAGAAGUGGACUCCCAGGCAUUGGUCCAGUUGAUCCACUCAGCGAGGGUGUCGAAGUGGCCUUUAUGCAACACGUUGCACCAGAUACGGCACCUUUUAGCCUCGUUGUCAUCUUCUGUAUCCCACAUCUUUCGGGAGGCCAACUCUUCCUCAGAUAGGCUGGCAAAUUGGAGGCGGGGAAUGGAUUGGUUCUGCACGUCUCCGCAGCAGCUGUCAAGUGAGGUAGGGCAACUCUUCUACUGGACGCUAGGGAGGUCCCGUCGGUAUGACAGCACUAUGUCAAUCGGUAGCGUCUUAAGGGUUUUGCUAUAG